GCUACACGUCAUCGCUUGUAGCCGGAGAAACAGACGUAUGUUUUCCAAUCUGUUUCUUGUAAAAAUCUGCCUGUUUCAAUCUGUUUAACUCUAUUUAGCUGCCAUGAAUCACAUUUGUUUUGUCAUUUUAUUGUUGAUUGGGUGCACAAAUGCCUAUUACAUGACGAUAGAUGCUCAUGCCGAGGAAUGCUUCUUUGAGAAGGUUUCAGCAGGCACAAAAUUAGGUUUGACAUUUGAAGUGGCAGAAGGUGGAUUUUUGGAUAUUGAUUUCAAUAUUGUUGGUCCAAACGGACAAACUAUUGAGUCUGGUGAGCGUGCCAGCAAUGGAAAGUAUGCCUUCAAAGCCGACAUGGAUGGAGUAUACACAUAUUGCUUUUCCAACAAAAUGUCUACCAUGACUCCCAAAAUUGUUAUGUUCACUAUUGAUGUUGGCGAGCCCACAGCUGAACUCCACCAAGAUGCAGCCAAUGGUAACCAUACCAAGCUGGAAGAAAUGAUUAAAGAACUGUCAGGCGCCUUGAGGACAGUGAAACACGAACAGGAUUACAUGAAUUUACGUGAACGCGUUCACAGAACCAUCAACGAAAGCACGAACUCACGUGUGGUGAUGUGGUCGUUCUUCGAGGCCUUCGUUCUCUUGACCAUGACUGCCGGUCAGGUUUAUUAUCUCAAAAGGUUUUUUGAAGUAAGACGUGUCGUUUAGCAUAGAGACAAUCCAUCCAAUAUGUAACUUGUGACUUCGUGUUGUGUAAGUGAAUCUGGUUUAAAUAAACACCGAGUUUCAAUCACGAUAA